GUCAAGAAAUCAAGACGACAGGACAGUCAGAAAUCAGAAAUCGGUAGGUGAUAAUACAAACAAGACUGAUGUUAUUGUUAUUAGUUAAACAUUAACCAACAAUCAUGGUGUUUCAAAAUUGGCUGUGCAUUUUAGUGUUAAUUAAUGUGGUCUAUGCGUACGAUAUUCCGCAAUUACAAUUCGAAGCAUUUUCGCCUGCUGGAUUCAAAGUAACGUUACCAGCGGACCCGAAAGUCCUUCUUUUUGCCUUCCACGGGAAGGUUAAUCAAGAAAUUAGGGUAAUCGAAAAUGGAGACUUCUUCGGUGAAAUUACCACCCCAACCGAUGGAAAUUUCGUAUACAGUAAUCCCAAUUUACAACUAAAGCUAGGAGAUGAGGUAAAUUACUGGACGUAUGUUCAGCACGAUUUUCUCGGAUAUAGAAACGAUAACAGGACAUGGAAAGUGACAGAACUUCUGACCAAGAUAUCAGACAAUUGCAUAGCAAGCAAAUCGACAGUAACUGGAAGAGUGAGUAUAUGCACUGGAGCCACUGUGUUUGAGGAUAAAUUUGAUAGCGUUGGGUUGGACAACAAUAAGUGGCUAGUAGAACAAUAUGUUCCAGAUGAUCCGGAUUAUGAAUUUGUGACAUACCAAAAAGAUGAUACCGUCGUUAAAGUACAGAAUAAUAACCUGGUAAUUCAACCAAAACUAUUAAGUGAUAAACAGAUUCAUGCGAGUCUAUUAGAUUUAACAAAUGGCUGUACGCGGACAGAAUCUAAAAGAGCACGAUGUAAAAGCGUAAUGUACUUGUUACAGAAUCCUGUAAUUUCGGGACGAAUAGUCUCUAAAACCUUAUUCUCAUACGUUGAUGUUGAGAUAAGGGCCAAAGUACCUUCAGGAGAAUGGAUGUAUCCAGAAAUAUAUCUUGAAGACGAAAAUUACAACCGACUGGUUAUAGCGUACACUCGCGGUAAUAAAGUGUUUAAAGGAAAUGAUGGAGCAGAUAUUGGAGGAUCACUCUUAUUUGGAGGACCUAUGUUAGGAUUUACUGAACCUGCUAAAAGUUCAAAACUAAGUAGUACCCGACAGACUGAACCAUUUAGUGAUACGUUCCAUGUUUAUAGACUGAGAUGGGCACCAGAUCGGAUUGAUCUAUUUAUAGAUGGUGCAAAAUUUGGCACUCUACCUACUUCUUCAGUUAAAUCCUCAUUUACACGAAACCCACCAGCUCAAGCACGUUUAGUCCUGGGGAUAGGCGUCGGAGGAGUCAACGAUUUUCCAGAUGGUUUUAUGUCAGGAAAUGUACCUAAACCCUGGAAAAAUAGAAACACUGUCCAGGUGAAAUCGUUUUACGAAAGCAGAAAUCAAUGGUUGCCCAGUUGGAGUAGUGGUGGACAGUUGCAAGUGGAUUAUGUUAGGAUUAAAUCAAUUUAAAUUUUCUGCGUUUUUACUGUAUUAAAAUUUUAUAUUUUG